CGGAAGACAGUGCUGCUCAUCUCUCAUUCUUAUAUGAUGCGGCGUCACACUCACGUUAUUCUAAGAUGCAGAGCUCUGUCAAGCCCUGCACUUCUGCCGUCACGCGUGCAACACAAUGGCCAGCGCCUUCGUCUCCAAAAGUCGGCGGGUCCGAUUUGAUCUGACCUUGCGUAUUCUCGACCUCAAUAACGUGCCGCUGGUUGCCGGCACCAGUUUCAUCAAAUGGCACUUGCCUUCGUCCAUUGCAGCCGAGCACCGCGGUCGAACACACAGAUGCGCAAUUAGGGACCAUCGUGUGCAAUACGACUAUGUCAAGCAAAUACCUGUACGUUUAAUCGUGGGCAAGGAUGGAGUGCUGCAAGAAUGCAUCAUCGAAUUCGAGGUGCUACAAGAAUACUCAUCCGGCGGUCGCGGAGAACGGAUUGAUCUUGGUGUGAUUCGGAUCAACCUCGCCGAGUAUGUAGACAUUGCAGACCUGCAUAGUCCGACCAGUCCUGUCGACCAGGAAGCGGCCGAAGAAGGUGUCACUCGCCGUUACCUGAUGCAGGACAGCAAGAUCAACAGCACGUUGAAGAUUGGUCUUUCGAUGAAGCAAACAGAUGGGACUAGAGACUUCAGGACACCACAGCUGCGCACCGCGCCAGUGUUUGGCGGCAUUGCGGGCAUCAUUUCAUCGUCAGAACCAGUGCCAAAUACGCACGGCAUCGGCUCCGGGACCACGAGCGAUGGCGCACGCGACGCUCAUGAUGCAGUGCCCUCCCUGAGCACAUCGCGUAAAGAGCUCGGCGAAUUGCAGGACAUGUACCGACGCACGCUCGCGGCGCACUGGGCUGGCGCGCCCGGCGAACUCCGCGCCGACGAAUGCAUUGAGGACAUUUUCGCGGGCGGCGACGGCUGGGGCAAAAAUGGCCGCCCUUCGUCAUCCCUUCAUGCCCACUCGAGCUCGUCGGGCACGUCUACGCCUCGCGCAGGCCAUGAUGCGGUGGCGCGCGAACACUCAUCGAAUGGGCAUGGCGCUCGCACGCCGAUGCUGAACUUUCAACCCCAUAACUUUCGCGGAUUUGACGACAAGGCUCUCUCCUCACGUAGAGGCGCCGCCGAAAUUAGUGAGUUGGACGUUCAAGAUGAUCUAUGCUCGUGGCGGAUAGGUGAGCGUGCGGCUGCGUGAUUGGGCCUUCGAAGAUGAUUAUGUUCUCCUUGCUGGAAUGGUCUUUACAAAGAGCCAUGCCACCACAGUCCGAGGAGUCACGGGAAGACAGCCUCAUGCGCGGGAAAGAGAUCAUCCACCAUCAUCGACAUCAGUAAGACAGCAGUGAGCAUGACAGGAAUAGCGUGCAACCAGAGAUGUCACCGCCUCCAUGACGGAGCAAUCGCAACACAUAUCAGAUGCAACAGCGAGAGGAUGUUUCAUCAGGGGUGAAGCUGCUCAACGGCCCUCUCUAGCACGAAACGAAAUGACAGACAGGGAGCGAAAGAUGUUGCGCAACGACGGAAAUGAUGCCACGAUAUGGAUCGUAGUAAGAAACUAGAUUGAGUGCGAAUCAAAUCAAAAGUCACAUAAUUUUUGACCGGG